AGUUGAUAAUCUGAUCAACAAAUUGCCAUUAGUACGACAAGAUGCAAAGACACAAAUACAACUUGCACAACAAAAACAAAAGAAAUAUCAUGAUAAGAAUACCAAGAUCUCUGUAACAUUUAAUAUAGGAGAUAAAGUUUU